AUGAUCAGGUUAAAUAAACUUUCGCACUUUUUUAUUGAGAAAAAAGAAUCAUAUGUAAAAACUAUUAACUCCUUUUUUUUCUGAUUAUCAAUUAAUACCAAGUGUUCCCAACAAAAAGUGCAUCGAUUUUUAGAAAUGUUUUCUUAUUCAUACAUAUAUAUGUGAUUCCUAGUCAAAUAUACCAAAGUUAUGGCAUGCUUGCAAACAUAUGAUUUAUUUUAAAAUAAAUAAAUAAAAUAUGGCUUAUUUAUGGCCGAUGUUACAAAAAAAGAUGUAGAACAAAUAUUAUUUUUCAGGUCUCUUUCGGGUAGCCCUCUUUUCGCAGAUAUGAUUAGUCCAGAAUCAAAAUUUGUGGGCGAAGCAUUGGAAAUGCGAGAUGUUAGGACGAUUUUUGUUGGGGCCAAGGAAGGUAAACUCUAUGGAAAGAAAAAAGAUAAAAGCCUCCUUUUUUCAGAUGAAAAAAAGCGUGACAAUCGUGUAACUCUAUUCCUUGGGCCUUCCGGAGCUGAAAAAUCUGAACUGAUCGAUUUUCUAUGUAAUUAUUUUUAUGGAAUCGAUCCAAAUCGAGGGUUUCGUCAUCAUAUUGCAAAUGAAAAAUUUAAUGCGCAAACUCCAGAUCGACCUGUACAAUGUUAUAUUUUUAAUAAUACUGUUUUACCAAUCCGCCCGAUAUUAAUAGAUACUCCAGGUUGCGGGGAUGAACUGUGAGUGUUCUUUGGAAAUCUCAAAGCGGUAAAACUAAAACUCAAGAAUUGUGAGCUCCCGAGCUCCAAAUAUUGAGAAAAUAUCGAUUUUAACUCCAAAUUUUAAUUUUGUACAGAAAAUCAUUAGUGGAUUCUAAAAAAUUUUAUCCACUUUUUCUUAAACUCUCAAAAAUUAUUCCAGAAUAACAUAUAAUAUUCCUGAAUUGAUAAAUCGAUGGCUUCUGGAAAAUUGGAAGAUGCGAAUUGACACUAUUGCAGUAGUAUUUUCUGAUCUUCAUAGAACAACAUCAAAAGAAGAAGACGAGUUGCAAAAAGUUCUCACCGAAUUACCACAUCAUGUUCGUGAAAAUAUUGUAGUCUUUAUCACCGCAUCCGAUGGUUCCAGACCAUUUGAACCAUUAUUGCGGCGUUUCGGUUUGUCGCAAUGUCCAAAAUACACAAUACACACGUCUUGUUUAUUUCAAAAACCAAUGGGUUAGUGUUUAUCGAUUGAUUUUUUUAUUUUAUUUUUGAGUAUAGUUGUAAAUAUUGGAAAUUUUUGGCGGGCAGAAAAAGCGGUGAUAAGCAAUUUUUGGUUUUUUAGAGGAUCGGUUGAAUGACGAGCAUCGACGAAGGUAUUGGAACAUGUCUGUGAAUCAGUUCAAAAGUUAUUAUGAUGGAUUGAAGGUAUUUUUGAGGGAAGGGGGUGAUUUUCUAAUAAGAAAAGACACGGGAUUGAGUAAAACUAGAUUUUGAUUCUAAUGUUUUCCAGAUGAAAUAUUUUAAAUUAAUAUGAAAAAGUUCUGAAGUUUCGGAUUUUCCGUGUUCAAUUUACAAGCCUGAAUGAAUUCAUUGACUUUUCUAGUUAAAGUUUCAAAAUGUGCAAAAAAUAUUGAAAAACAUUGAUUGUGAAAAAUUUCUUAAUCGAUAUCAUUAUUGUUACCACGGGUUCCUACAGCGUUCUAUUCUCGUCCUAAAACUCAUUUUUUUCAGGAAUCAACACCUGUUACUAUUUCGGGAUUGCCUUAUAUUGAUGAUGCUAUUUAUGGAGCAAGUCAUGAAUCUGGACAAUCUUCGAGAUCUAGCAUGUAUUCUGCUGGGCAGUAAGUUUUUUUCUGUCCACUUUUUUAAAAUGAAAUUCUAGAAAUUUUCAAAAACUUCACGCUUUUUUUUACUAACAAUUUAACAUUUGAGAUCAACGAUAGUGGAAGUAAUCACAAGCAACAAAAAAUUGCCACCGGUGCCACCGCCCAAGCCAAAAUUUACACCAAUUCCACCGCGGCCCCCACCAAUUCCAACAUCGCCAAUUCCGCCACCAAUUCAAAUUCCAAAAUCAAAAACAAAUGCUGAAGGUAUACCAUUAUCGCCUGAGCCAAUACAAACAAAAAAUUCGACUCCACCUCCGCCGAAUUUCGCACCACCCAAACCGCCGAAGCCACAACAUUACGAGACGGCAAAUAAUAGUAAAAAUACGACGAUUACGACACAAGCAUUGACUAAUGCCAUGAAUGAACAAUUGAGACAGCAAAGGUUGGUUUUAGGUUUUUUUUUAAUUGUAUUGAAAUGUUAACAGUUAAGAAAUGUGAUUGUGCUUUUAUUAAUUAUGCGAUGCUUGACUAAUUGGUUUUUUGAAAGAGAAUUAUACAGUUCUUUAGAGUAAAAAUGUAUUUAUAAUUAUUGAACUGUUUUCAUUAUUCUUCAAAAAAGAUAACUUGAAAGACUGUUUCAAAUUUUGUUAUUUUUCAAAUUUCCUGGCUUUUUUCUUAUUUUCAAAAUAUAGAUAUUUUUCCUGACUUCACUGAAGUUACGAAAAAUUGAUACAACCUUAACUUCCCUACUUUAUUGAUUUGAGAAAUCAAUGAUUUUCCCUCAAAAUACUAUAUACUCCAAAAUGUUGCUCCCUUCUUAUCAGAUAAAAUCAAAAAUUCUUCUCUUUUGCAUAACCCAAAAUAGCACUGAUAAAAAAUGGUUUUCAGGACAUCGCACUACGAAAUAACAGAAUCUUCACGUCUGCGAAAUGACGCAAAUCAACAUCACGUUGAAAUGCGUCAAAAUCCAAAUCGUGCAAGUUAUAUUGAAUCUCGUAGACAUAGUGUUCCAGGUAAACAAUAACAGCAUAGGCAUGUAGAUAUGAUUCACAAGAUGACUCAUUUCUAGGAAUAGUCAAAUAAAUGUACAUUUUUUCCUUACAAUCAAUAAUUUAUCAUUUUUUUUCCACAUUAUUUUGAUUGAGGAAAAUUUUUGCAUUUGAGAAUGAGAGAGUUAUCAAAAAACAAAUAUAGUAUUUCUAAUGUCAAUAUGAUAAUCAACAAAAUUUUUGUUGUCCUCUUAUUCAUUUUGAUAUAGUUUUAUGGUUUGAGUGUAUUUGAUUUACAUACUUUCUAAACUGAUUUCUCUUUUUAUUUUUGGCACAAAAAAUAUUAAUUUUUAAAAUUUGAAUAUUUUCAGACGACAUAAGACACUACGCCGACGAAUCCACUCCUCCACCAGUGGUUCAUGAUAUAGCUGAUAGAUAUUCAACAGUGGCGUAUAUGAACCACGAUCCUUACGUUCAAACAAUUCGAACAAAUUCACCAACAAGAAAUAUUGCUGUUAGAGACGCGCAUCGAUUAAGUCGUGAAAAUAUUCAAAUUAUUGAAAAUACUAUAAAUAGUAGUCCAACUGAUUCACAAUCUGAAGAAUUGAGAAGAAUGUAUUCAGGAAGAUCGGCUAACUCGGUUAAACCAACGGGAGAUAUUUCGUAAGUUAACAAAUUUGAAAGAAUUGUUUUAUUCUGCGUUUCAUUUCAAAAAAAUUGAAAUCAUGUUUGUCUUCUGUUUGAAAAAUAUUUUCAGAAUCUAAAACUCUUUUAUAAAUUUCUACUUUUUUUCAGAACCCGCUACGUCUACGACGUCAAUCAAAGAUCUUACACCAGUCAAGAUCAUCGAACAUCAGCCUACGUGCCAACACACAUCGAAAAACGACGCUGGUCAAAAUCCUCCGAACCAAGAAGUGAAACUUAUAUUAAUGAUCCUUAUUACACUGGUAGUGAUGUUGUCACAGGUUACGGUGUAAUUGAAACAAGAAAUAGUCGAACAAGUUUGCACACUUUGACUGGAGGAGCCCCAGAAUUAGUACAUUCUGAAAAUAAAUAUGAUUAUCAACAAAUUGCUCCAGGCACUCAUAUCGCAAGGUUAGUUGAGUUUUCAAAAAGAAAAUAUAUUUCGAAUUUCCAAUCAUUCAGAGAUGAUCAACAACGCUUCAGCCGUCAAGAUCAAGCCCGUCGAAGCCGCCACCAAUCUGAAGGUAGUCGCCAAAUCCACAUUGAGAGAAGAAUAUCACCAGAAAGACAACGGAAAGAUCGACUUUCUGGAGAUUACACUCAUAUUAAUAUGCAAGAUAAUCCACAAUAUCGAGCAUAUCCUGGUAAUCCACCACUGCCACCAAAACAAACAACUCAACCAAUCACACGACAUGUGAGUUAUUUUUUGUUUUUUUUUAAUAAAUUGAUUGUGAGUGAUUGUUUUAGAUCAAUGGCGGCGAAGUGUAUGAAGAUCAUAGAACUUAUGAGACAUACACCCAAAUAAACCACCAAAAUCGAAAUGGAACAAAUAGUCGUCAACAACAUUAUCCUCAAAAAUAUGAUCAAGUUCCAGGUAUUUUUUUUGAAUAAAACAUAAUAGACAUAAUCAGAAUCAAAGCAUUUUAGAAGAUCAGCAGAACACAAAUCAUUAUAUCAUUCCAAAAUCAAUGCGUGGGAGUGGUUCACCUAUUCAAGUGAGAGUGCAUCUUGCAAGCAAAAGUCCCGAAUGUAUUAUCCGUGUAUGCUAUUUUCCCUUUGUUUGGUUUUUUACACUUCUCCCAAAGUGCUUUGUCAACCUUUUUGUAUUAGAAAUGAUUGGAAACAUUCGACGCCCCAUAGAACAUUGUUUGUAGGAAACUGAAAACUAUUUCAUUAUUUCUACACUGCACUCAAUACAAAAACCUUCCGUUAAUUUUUUCCCAUCACACCUUUCUUCGCUUGUUUCACUAUUUCUAUUUUACUCAAACUUCUCAACUAUAUUGUUCCAGAACGUUCCUCAACAACAAUCUCAACACUACGGUCAAUAUGACGCCUAUGGCCAACCAAUUUACGAACACCAUGGCGCUGCACCAUAUGGUGUGACUGAAGAAACAACUACCACCACAACCACAACUCGAAAAGAAGAAAUUGAGCGAAAACGGCGGAAGAAAGAAGAAGAAGAUCGUAGAAGAAAACAUGAGGAAGAAUUGAAAAGACGAAAUGAGAAUGGAGCUGGAAAUUCAGAUAGAAGAGAAUCUCAUGGUCAACAAGGACAAAAUCACGAUUAUGGUUAUGGAGAUUAUAGAGGUAUUUUGAAAGUUUUCUAGAUAUUUGAUAUUUUUUGAAAAUCAUAAUUAGUAAUCUAAUUAUUUAAUGUCUACUAGAUGCAGAGCAGGGAUUGCUAGAAGAAGAAUAUAAUACAAGACACAUGAAAAGAACUGUUGAAUAUCCUAAUAAGAAUAAGUAUCGUGAAAAUUUGGAUGAUUAUGGAAGACGCAUUGAAUAUCCGAAUCGCAAUGAAAAUGGUCGUAAUUCAAAUCAAAAUCAGAAUGGAAAUCAGAGAGGAAGAAAUGAAGGAAAGGGAAGGUUAGUUUGGCGGCAAGUGGGGAAAAGUAUGUUCUAUGUUGUUUGGGACAGUUCUCAAUUAAAAUAUAAAUGUUUCAUAUAUUUCUCAAUUUACUUUGUUUGAAUAUAUUCUCCGAGUUCAAAAAUCCAAGUGUCUAUAUCAACAAACCUCGCUUGAUUCAUUAUUCCCUGUUUUUGAAAUGAUCAUUUUCACAUAUGAAACGUUCCCAUUCUAGAAAAAAAGCUUUUUUUAAUAAAAUUCUUUUUAAGAACUUAUGAGCGAAUAAAAAACCGCACAACCUACUAUGGCAACGAAUGUGAGCAUUGGAAAAUCAAAUUUUUCAUCAAAACUUGUAUACCUGUUUUUAUUGCGAGUGUCCUAAUUAUCAUUUUACUAAUUAUAGCAUAUAAUGAGAUAACAAAAAAUCACUAAUGAACAACAUGUUUUAAGAAAAACUAUACGGGGUUUUAUUAUUAACAAAAUACUAAUUUUAACAAAAAAAAAAUUCAGAACUGUUCAACGUACUACAAAUUCGAAAUUGACAUGGUCCGGAUGGUCGCCGUCUAACUACAGUAACCCGCGUGACUGUUUCCUUAAUGUUUUAUGUUUCAUUAUUGCGCCGAUCAUUAUUAUCUCAAUUAUUAUUGUCAUUAUUGUUUUUGUCCUUAUUAACUCAACUAGCUAA